GUUAAUAGUGACAGAGGUGUGUCACUUGGUUUCCAUAUGUGAAAUUGUCGAACACAUGACUGUACUGUACGAAUAAAAUAUUUCAUAUAUCUCCAUUAUUUUCCCUACUUUUACGCGGUAUACCCUUUUAAGCUUUUAAAGUAUACCAAAAAUUAUUUUUUAAGAAUUGAACUAAUACUUACUAAUGCAAUUAAAUGUAUGUUUAUGUUUAGGAAUAGUUUAGAGCAGUGGCUCUCAACCUUUCUAGUGCCGCGACCCCCUUAAUACAUUUUUUUUGUGUCGUGGCGACCCCCCAGCCACACAAUUAUUUUUGUUGCUAUUUCAUAGCUGUAAGGAUAUAUGUUUUAAGAUGGUCUUAGGUGACCCCUGGAAAGGGGCCCGCGACCCCAAAGGAGUCGCGACCCACAGGUUGAGAACCGCUGGUUUAGAGGGUUGGGUCUAGGACUACUACGUUGUAGACUGUAGUCUACAGUUUAUUUCUGUAGAAAUAAUAAAACACAUUAAAAUUAUAAGGGAUUACUACUAACUUUCUAUUACUACAUUGAUUACCCUACUAUAGGGUGACCAAAUCAUGAACUGUGAAAAAACGGGACAGACCCAAGGAGGGUUGUUGAGGGGGGUGGGGUGGAUACCCUCCAGCUAAAGAGGGGUCCGGCUGUUUAUUGAAAUAUGCUAGUUUGAACUAUUUUGAUACCUAGACUAGAAAUAUUUUAAAAUUUACCUUCACUUAAGUUUUUUAAUUUAAACUCUGAGGCUUAUCGUAAAAGAAAACAAUAAUUUUGGGUUAAAAAUGGGGACGCCUGCCACUUUUUUUAUCGAAUUUCACGAAUGUAUCCCUAAAUCGAUCCCUAUCCCUAACUUGAACCCUAAAUCGAUCCCUAUGCUUGCAUGCCUAACCUGAACCCUAAAUCGAUCCCUAAACCUAACCUAAACCCUAAUUCACUGCAACUAUAAUAAAGACACAAAAGACGCCGUGGUAGCCGUCCUCGGUUUUAGCCUAAUUGUGCAGUGAAUACUUAAUUAUUUAUACAUAUUAUACAACAUAAAACAACACAACAAAUUAAAUUUCUCUAGUCUAGGAUUUAAAUUGAGGAUAUUUGGCUGUUGUCCCAGGCAUUGUUAAAACCUCCUUCUUAUCUAAUAUAUAUAUAUGUGAAAAUGUUUUUGGUUUUAGAAACGGGACAUUUUUAGGCAUCCCGAGAGACUUUUUUGGGACACUGGUAUGAUCGUGAAAAAACGGGACAAUCCCGUUUUCACGGGACGUUUGGUCACCCUACCCUACUACUACUAAUACUUUGUUCAUUUUCGGGAUAGGUGUACUAAGUACUAACGGUGUAGGUUCAGAUUUAUUUUUUAGGGAUAGUGUUAGUUAGGUUUAGGGGUAAUAAUAAUAGGGUUAGGAUUGUAGCAUAGGUGAGCUGAAUGAUGAAUAUGUGGUUAAGUCAGAAGUAUAAUUUGAAUUACAAUACAUUUACAUCAAUAAAAUAUAAUGUAUCAUUUAAUUAAUUUUAAAAAGCCCACAGACCAUCAUGCCUACAUCAGUAUAUUGACAUUGUGAUUGUACAUCACACAAGUUACUUCAAGAUAAUCAUGAGUUCUAGCACCUCAACAUAUAUUAACAAAGACUGUGACUGUGUGUGUAAAGAUGAAAAGCAAAUUCUUUUAGAUACUUAUAAAGACAUAUCUGAUAAAAUGUGGCAUAUUAUUAGCCAAGCCCGAGAAAAUAUUCAAGGUAUGAAUUGUUACUCAAAUCGGUUAUAUUUUAAUAUGUUAUUUUACAUUCAAAGUUAUUUUAGAUACUUUUUGUAUUUUUAAAAUAUAGCCGAAGGCCACCUUGGCCGAGACAUUACAUCAGUAGGCCCCUUUUAAAUAUUAAAUUAUUGUUAGCCAUUAGGCUCUAUUUAAUAUUGUACACUUUUAAUUAUUUUCUAUUUUUGGCCUAUAUACAGUGGCAUAGUGAGGGUUAGUGCUGGCGAGUAGAAAAUGCUGUUUUUCUUAAUAUGCUGGCCAAGGCAGACCGCCCUACCUUUCUUAGGCCAGUGCCUGUUUAAAAAUUCCUUGUUAUUGUUUACUUACUUGACCAACAAAACAUGUCUCUGUUACAAAAGGAAGAGUAUCAUAAUUAUGUGUUGAGUUGAAGGUCAACAUUUUAAUAAAUAUGGCAGCCUAGAAAAUCAUUGAUUUAUCACAACAUUAAUUUUAAAUAGGUGAAAUGUAUACAUUUGUAAUGAAUAGCGAUAAAACUCAACCAACAAAUGUGAUCUUUUGAAACACUCUAUGUAUACUUAUUAUGACUUAUAUCUAUUGAAUCCUAAUGUUUUAUUUAUCUUAACUUAUUUAAACCUUCUUUUGUGGGGCUUAAAAUAAUUAUUUAUUUAUAUUUAUUUGAAGACAGUGUCGAUGAUUUUGUUGCAAAACAAAUUGGGCGACUUUUUCAAAUUGUUCCAGUCUACAAAAAAGCUUUUGAGGGGUAAGUGAUAGUGGUAUUUCACACAUUUAAUUUUAUGCCUAAAAAGGGAUAAGUUAUUUUGUAUUAAUUUUUCUAUCUAUUUUAACCUUACAUAGGAAAUUUGCUGAUAAUAUUUAUAAAAUCAUUUUCAUCUUUUGUUAAGGUUGUGUAUAAAUUAUUAUCCUGCUUUACAAAUUAAUAUUUAGGCCUAAUAAAAUACAUCUUAUUUUUCAGGUUAAACGUGAAAACAAAAGCUGAAUUUGAAAAAAAAGCUAGUCAUUAUUUUAGGUACAAAUUUCUUAGUUUUCCCAUUGAACAUUCAUUGCUUUGGUCUCCAUUUAAAUUAACCGUGUUUAGGAGGAUUGAAAAUAAAUUAUAUAAAAGUACUUAAUUAUUUAAGAGAUAAAUUUAAGAGUUUAUUAAUUUGAAACUUCUCAUAGUUGUAGAUUUGUUAUGUCUUUUAUCAUUAGGGAUCAAUUUGUACGUGAGGAAUUUGAUGAGCUUAUUCAGAAUGAGGUAUGAGCUAAAUCUUUUUAACAUUUGCUUUUGAAAUGAAAAAGAUAUAUGUUAUUGUAACAAUUCGCUUUCUUCAUCCUUUAAAUGAAAUCAAUCACUUAACAUUUUGAACAGAUUAAAAUGCAAAUAGACUUUUCUAGGGUUUUAAGGAAAUACAUAUUUCAAUGCUAGUAAGCUAUAAAUAAUUAACAGUUACAUAAAUAGUUAAAAAUUUGUUAACUUCUUAUAGAAUUUUUAUAUUAAAUCUAUAAGUUUCUUUGUCUUUCAGAGAGAAUGGGAUGAUCUCUUGAAAGAUGUCGAUAAAACCCUGUCUUCUCCUGAUGCCAUCCCUUUAGAAGUAGGGGACACAUUGCCAUUAUCCCUGUCUGUGAUUAACGCAAGAUCUAAAGUCGAAUCUAGCAUAAAAUCAUACUUAGAGGAUACGAAAUUCAUUGCCAUGAUUUUACUCCGACACUUUGCUUGAUUACCCUGACGAGAUCAUUUGCAUGCAAUAGUCCAAAGAGAGGUAACAGUUUUAAAUGUAUCUUUUUUACCAUGUACUCUUUGUCAGUAUUUUUAUUUUGAAAUAAUUCAUUGCAUUUAACUUUUUUAAAAAGUAUUUCAACUUUAGCACUCGUUAUGUUUCAUCACAAAUCUCUAUUUUAGUAUUCAAAGACCUUAAAUUUCCAAAACUUUUAUUCAAAACAACUAGGCAUUUUUUAAUAUCAUUAAUUAGGAAGAGUUCACACAAGCUGAAAUGAAAAUAUUGAUAGUAUCUUUUGGAGAAGAACGAGGGGCUGAGAAUUGGCUAAAGGAAACAAAAUGUCCUUAUGACAUGGUGUUGGACUCUGAAAGAAAUGUGAGUACUUGCUUAUAAGAACAUAUACUUGUACAAAAAAAAAAUGUUUAAAAAAACAACUUUUUAUCAAAGACAAGGGAAGAUGCUCUGAAAAGUAGAAAAUAAAUUAAAAUUUCUUGCAUUAAAGUGCAAAGAAAGAAUGCAAACGUGUAGAUGAGCACUCUAUGAAGCUAAAGGAUUCGAAUUGAAUGUAGACAAAAUUUACAUGUGUAUUAUUUUUAUUAAUUUAAAAAAAUAUUUUUUGCACCAAAUUUCUUUGCAUUAUGCAUUUUAAGAAAUUUAAAAUUAUUAUCUACUUUAUAGUGCGCUUUAACUCAUUUUUGAUAUAAAGUCUCUUUUUAAAAGAUGGUUAAAUAUUUUUUUUUCUUCUUUUUAGUAUUAAAAUUUUAAUUUUUAAAUUAUCUACAAAAAUAGAACUAUUUACUUUUUUAAACACGGAUGCUUACAAAAUCCAGGUUAAAGUGACUUAACUCUUUGCCUAAAACUAAAAAGUAGUUGUGAGCUCACCCAUCCGCCUGUUCACUUAGUGAAGCAGAAGUGGUCAACCAUUAUAAUUUGAGUGACAGUGGCAGUGUCAACUUGCUUCCGUUGUCCAGUCGUUCACCAGGGGAAAACGGCACAAAAUAUCUUAAAAUGUCAAGUGUGUAAACAAAAAAAAAAUAGAGCUCCAACACAAGAUGGAAAUGAUAGUAGAGAGAAAGUCUUUAAAAAGAAAGUGGUCACUGAUUUCAAAUUAAGCACAAAAAUACAUUCUCCUGGUAAAAAUUGUCAUAAACUCUAGAGAUGUUUUUAUUUCUUGAACAGAUAUACAAAGCUUUGGGUCUGCAGAGAUCUGUGUCCAAAGU